CCCCCUCCCUCUCUCUCUCCGAUUGUUUAUCUUUUCUCAAGGGCCCUGCUGACUUGGACAUUUGAUCAUUACGCGUGCAUUUAUUUCCCGGGGCCCCAGUUACUCCUCCUGAGACAUUGCUUGUUUCCGGACCACCCGUCAGAAUAAAACCAUGCACCUUUGAAGCCUGUGCUUAUCUCCACCACCUGUUUCCCAUCGAGGAACCGGUUCCUCUGGGGCGAACCUCCGACUGAACGAUUCUUUGGACGCUGCAGUAGAAACAAUGACGGCCUCUCCAUGUGGUCCGUUACGACUUUUGCUACAUCGCACAUGGACUCUAUUGGUCAUCUGCUGCAUUCUCCUGGUGUUUCUAUUACUGGUCGUGAUGGGAGAUGAAGCUCUCACAAUCUCGCAUCGGCACCCGACAGUGAACCCGGACAGAACUCUGGCUUUGGUUGUGGCAAAGUCUCGAAGAGAGGAUACCUCUUGGGCUUACCGGGUCAUGCCCCACUGGAGGCCAUACAUCUAUACUUCCGACCAAGAACCCGGAUUUGCCAACCUCCCCGCGAAUAAGGGCCGUGAGAGCAUGGCCUACUUAACGCACAUCGUCGAUAACUACGACCAUUUGGCCGAUAUCACCGUGUUCAUGCACGGCGGUGAUAGCCAGUGGCAUAAUGAUGUCAGGGACCUGGAUUCGCCAUCAUUGCUCCGCAGUCUCAAUCUUCGCACGGUGGAGCGGCUGGGAUACGCUAAUUUGCGCUGCCAUCAUCGCCCGGGCUGUCCGGUGGCCGUGCGGCCGUUUGACCCUGACAUGGCUUCCGACCAUAACAUUGUGUACCGCAACUUCACCAGCAUCUAUCUAGACCUAUUCCGAGUGCCUGUGGACCAGAUUCCUCCGGAAAUUGGAGGCGUUUGCUGCGGUCAAUUUGCGGUCUCACGCGAGCGCAUCCGGGGCCGACCGAAAGAAGAUUACAUGCGGAUGCGCGAUUGGGCGAUUACCACGGAGCUGGACAAUUUUGCUGUCGGAUCUGUCUUUGAAAUGCUGUGGCAUAUUGUUUUUCUAGAAGCACCAGUCGCUUGUCCCGAUACCCAGCAGUGCUACUGUGAACUAUAUGACCUAUGCAACGAAGAGCCCGACAACUCCUGAGUGAGCUUCUCCAGGUUUUCGAUGGAGCCAUCAAUCAAAGCGUCGUGACGGCUCACGGGCCACAGCGUCUCCUUUAUGGUCGUUUCUUCGGGGAAUUACCGAAACAGGUAACAGCCUCCGGGAGGGAUUCAGCGCCGAAAUUCUAGCCUUGUGCCUACA